AUGCCUAAAAACUCCUCCACCAAAAAGCACAAGGGCCGUAUUUUCCAGUGCGUGGGCUACGACAACUGCUCCAUGUCCUUCACCAGGUCCGAGCACUUGGCUCGCCACAUUAGAAAGCACACCGGUGAGCGUCCGUUCAAGUGCGAACACUGUGCUCGUAGAUUCUCCAGACUGGACAACUUGAGACAACACAAACAAACAGUCCACAUUUACGAGAACUUCAUUCUCACCUAUCCUGGUGAGAAGGUCAACGUUAGAAUGAAAUCUGAGGAAACUGAACAGCAUUCCGUGCCUGUUCCUGGCCCCGUUUCAAAAGUGCCUGCCGUGGUGCAACAGGGGGCAAUGCUCCCGCCACCCCGCAGAAGCAUUCUCCUUGCUAAUAACAACGAAUUCCGCCCCCACCUGUCCAACAAACCGGGCCCUAUUCUUGUGCAAAACUCCAACUUCUCCCCUCAUGGUUCUCAACUCCCUACUCCAAAGUCGAGCGCUGUCCAACCUACCUCUGCUCCUACAAGCAGAGUCAACUCUCCUCACUCGGUCUCCUUCAUUAUGAACAACUACAAUACACCUGUGUCCGCAGGUACCCCAACCAAUACCAAGAACUGGCUGAGCAACGUGCUUAAUACCCAGAUGGCCACUCCGGACUCGGCUGCUGCGCACACCCUUGCCACUAUGGGAAUGCCCCACACCCCUUCCUCGUCUUACAGACUACCUGCCCUCAACGAAUUGGGCAUCUAA